AUAAUAUUUAAGGUUAUUUUUAAAAAACAAUUGUUAAUUAAAUAAAUAAUUGUGCAAAAUGUUUGGAUCUAAUUUUGGAGCUACACCGACUCCGUCGUCUGCAAAUCCUAUGAAAGAUUUUGAAGUAACUUCUCCACCUGAUGAUUCAGUGUCAGCUUUAGCGUUUAGUCCAGGAACACUUCCCCAAAAUUUCUUGAUCGCUGGAAGUUGGGAUUGCAAUGUAAGAUGCUGGGAAGUAGAACAAACUGGGAAAACAAAUCCAAAAUCGAUGCAAACAGUGGGAGGUCCUGUGCUGGAUGUUUGUUGGAGCGAUGAUGGGACAAAGGUUUUUAUUGCUUCUUGCGACAAACAAGUCAAAUGUUGGGAUUUAGGUUCAAACCAAAUGAUUCAAGUUGCAGCUCACGAUGCUCCGGUUAAAACCUGUCAUUGGAUAAAAGGCACCACUUACACUUGUCUAAUGACUGGUUCUUGGGAUAAAACCCUUAAGUUUUGGGACACCCGCUCACCUAAUCCUAUGAUGUCAAUCAAUUUGCCUGAGCGUUGUUACUGUGCUGAUGUAGAUUACCCAAUGGCAGUUGUUGGGACUGCCAGCCGGGGUCUAAUUGUAUAUACUUUAGAAAAUACACCAACUGAAUAUAAAAGGCUUGAUAGUCCUUUGAAAUACCAACAUCGGACUGUUGCUAUUUUUAGAGAUAAAAAGAAAGUACCAACAGGUUAUGCACUGGGCAGUGUGGAAGGUCGUGUAGCCAUUCAAUAUGUCAAUCCCGUAAAUCCAAAAGACAAUUUUACAUUUAAAUGCCACCGAUCCAAUGGAACACCUAAUGGAUUUCAGGAUAUAUAUGCUGUGAAUGAUAUAGCAUUCCAUCCCAUUCAUGGAACCUUAGCGACAGUUGGUUCAGAUGGCUCAUUCAGUUUUUGGGAUAAAGACGCAAGAACUAAACUAAAACCAUCUGAAGCUAUGGAGCAACCUAUCACAAAAUGUGCUUUUAACCACAAUGGACAAAUUUUUGCUUAUUCUGUGAGCUAUGAUUGGUCUAAGGGUCACGAAUUUUACAAUCCUACUAAGAAGAAUUAUAUAUUUUUAAGACCUUGUUUUGAUGAGUUAAAACCAAGAACAUCAACUUGAUUUGAUUUUUUUCUGUAUGUAAAUUUUUUUUAGAUUAUUAAAUAUUAGUAAUUUAAUUUUUAUAUUACAUUCAAACACAUUGCAUCAAAAUAUUAAAAUAAA